AUCUCCAUUUCCCACUUUGAAGAGUUUAUAAUUAACUUUGAAUUUUGAAUUAUUUAAAAAACUGAAUAAAACGCUGAUCGAUCAUAAUUCUCAACUCUCAGAAAUUGAUGCCUUUUACCCCUCCUCCAAAAUUUCCUCCUUUUUUUCAACAAAUUUGAUGAGAAACGGCUCAUGGCGCGGGCGGAGAAUUGAAUGGCUAUCUAUAGAGAGAGAAAGAGAGAGGAGUUGUAUCUAAUUAUCUACGAGGGGUUUAUGUAUGGAAGAAUUGCCGGGGGCGGUGGGCACCAGCGCCAGUUUGGCUCUCAGAUUGGGGCAGGCCGUUUUCGCUAUUGCCUCCUUGCUUUUCAUGUGUUUGGAUGUCGAGUUCUACAGUUACACUGCCUUCUGCUUCUUGGUAACGAUUAUGGGGUUGGUAAUCCCGUGGAGCUUGACAUUGGCAGUGGUGGAUGUGUUUUCAGUUUUCGUUAAACGCCCAGCUCGUCAGCCUGGGAUUCUCUCAAUUGUCGUCAUAGGUGAUUGGGUGCUUUCGUUUCUAUCGCUGGCUGCAUCUUGUUCAACUGCAAGCGUGACUAGCCUUCUGCUUGCUUCGGGAGGAUUCUGCGGCGUAAAGUUAUGCACGAGAUAUCAACUAUCCGCAGCUAUGGCCUUCUUAUCGUGGUUCCUAUCCUUAUCCUCCUCACUCUUCAAUCUAUGGCUUCUUCCAUCUCUCUAAUUUAUCCACACACAUCACAUAUAUGAAUAUAUGUACAGAUCAAAAUGGGACAUUUCCUACAAGAAUUUUGUUUUCUAUACUUGAUCCCAGUUGGUAGUAUUGUUCAUUGUAGUGUUGCAACUGUACAGAUAUAGUAUGGUACAUGUAAUAAAGAGAGUGGAAUUAUGUAACUUUGAUUGGAAAGCAGAAUUGUCAGCAA